AAGUCACCGUGCCACAUGGACUUGAUGCAGCAGCUGGAAAGGGACUGGAGGAGCCCUGCUAGGCAUGCGGAUGCCUGGCCACGGCCGGAUGACAGCUGGAGGAGGCCUGAAAGCCCAGCACAGAAACUGGAGGAUGAUUGGAAGGGGGCUGAGCACAGCCAUGACUCAAACAACCCAGAGAAACCAUUGGAAAGCGAUUGGGAGAACAAGAAAUUCCUCGUAUAUCACUCGCAGCUAGAUGGGAGCUCCAGAGCACCGCAGAGCUCCUCGGGAAGCCGGCUUCCACACGGGAGCACCAGCGAGAAACGCACUAAGCCAGAUCUCCUCAAUUUCAAGAAGGGAUGGAUGUCCAUCCUGGACAAGCCAGGAGAGUGGAAGAAACACUGGUUCGUGCUGACCGACUCGAGCCUGAGAUAUUACCGGGACUCGAACGCCGAGGAGGCUGAUGACCUUGAUGGUGAAAUCGAUCUCCGCUCCUGCACAGAUGUGACAGAAUUUGCGGUGCAGCGCAACUAUGGCUUCCAGAUACACACGAAGGAUGCCAUCUUCACACUGUCAGCCAUGACCUCAGGCAUCCGGCGCAACUGGAUUGAGGCUCUGAAGAAGAACGUGCGCCCUGUUAGUGCUCCAGAUGUCACCAAGCUAUCUGACUGCAACAAGGAAAACACAGUCCGUAACUGCAUCCCACCAAAAAGCUCACUGCGAGUGGACGAGCAGCAGCAGCCAAGUUCUGAGGGAAGCACCAAAGGCAGCACUUGGAAAGCCGAUGGGCCACGCCAUGCCUUUGACUACGUAGAACUGUCCCCCUUGCAGCAGGAUCCCCAAAAUCAGGGGUCCCCACCGAGGACAAGAGGGAGUUUAAGGGUGUCAGAGCGAGUGUCCAAGCAUGAGGAUCUAGAGCGGGAUUUGGCAGUGCGUUCAGAGGAGAGGCGCAAGUGGUUUGAGAGUCCUGACGGCAGGGUCUCCAACAGUGAUGGCCCAGGGGGAAACUUGUCCCGCAAGGUGGAGGAGCCAGACUUGCCUGCUGCCCCACUUUCAGAGGAGCAGCGAGUUCGGCUGAACGAGGAGAUAGAGAAGAAGUGGCUGGAGCUGGAGCGCUUGCCCUUGAAGGACUCACGGCGAGUGCCCUUGACAACACUGCUGAACCAGGGCAAGGGGAACCACGGAGAUGCCAAUGAGGCACUGAAAAAGGAGGUCCAGUCGCUGCGGGCGCAGUUGGAGUCCUGCCGGGCCCGAAACGAGAGCCUUCGGGAAGCUGCCAAGUCCCAGGGAGAUGGCCACGUGCCCCGGGGCUACAUCUCUCAGGAGGCCUGUGAGCGCAGCCUGGCUGAGAUGGAGUCGUCACACCAGCAGGUGAUGGAGGAGCUGCAGAGGCACCACCAGCGAGAAAUGGAGCGGCUGCGGCAGGAGAAGGAGCGGCUCCUUGCAGAGGAGGCUGCAGCAACGGCGGCAGCCAUUGAAGCACUGAAGAAGGCCCACCGGGAGGAGAUGAACAAGGAGCUGGGCAGGACACGAAGCUUUCAGCAGUGUGGCUCUGUCACAGAUGCCCUCCAGAAGCAGCACCAGUUGGAUGUAGACUCACUGAAGCGGGAGCUGCAGGUGCUGUCAGAGCAGUACUCCCAGAAGUGCCUGGAAAUUGGGCAGCUAACAGAGAAGGCAGAGGAGCGGGAACAGAUGUUGCAGCGCUGCCAACAAGAGGGGAAGCAGCUCCUCCGGAAGAACCAGGAGCUGCAGAUCCGCCUGUCGGAUGAGAUUGGGAAGCUGCGAAGCUUCAUCACCUCGCGGUGCUCUGGGGACCGAUCUCCACAAAACAAUGAGCGCAACUCCUGCGAGCUGGAGGUGCUGCUGCGUGUGAAGGAGAAUGAGCUCCAGUACCUGAAGAAGGAGGUACAGUGCCUCCGGGAGGAGCUGCAGAUGAUGCAAAAGGACAAGAGAUUUGCCUCAGGGAAAUACCAGGACGUCUAUGCAGAGCUGAAUCAUAUUAAGGUGCGCUCAGAGCGAGAGAUUGAGCAGCUGAAGGAGCAUCUGCGCCUGGCCAUGGCAGCCCUGCAGGAGAAGGAAACACUGUGCAACAGCAUCAGCAAUUAACGGUCUACUUCAUUUGUUUAUCUGUUCUUGUUUUUUAUUUGCUCCGUUCCUCACUUAAGGAGAGAGGGAGGUUGGAUCUCAUCCUUGGCGAGACAUCUCUCUCCUCAGCCAGCUCCUCACUUCCCUCCCAAAGCUUUCGAUGAAGCCUUUCCAAAACCUUUUUGCCUUUGUAUCUGAGCACGUUAUUUGGAAUGGCUCCUUACAUGCACCUUCUUCAGGAUUUUAUACGUGAAAAUUAUAUUUUAUAGAAGAAUUUUGUUUUCCCUUGAGAAAAAGAGGAAAAGGAGAGGGAAAGCUUCUACAUCACCAGCAUUUUCUAACCAGAGAAAGAGAAUAUACUCCCCACUUCCUCAGCCCUCCCUGCUCCCAGCCACGUAUCUGCCUUUGGCACUCCCAUUCCCUCUCUUCCACCUGUCUCUGGGGCCCCAUGGGGAUGUAUGGGGACACGUAACAACACCACUGCCCCAGCACCCAGUGGAGGAGACACCCAAGCCAUAGGAGGAGGCCGCCUGCCGCAGCUGCACCCACCUGCAACUUUGAAAGAGGAGACCUUGGCACGAGGCUGCACGAUGGAGCUCUCAGUGACUGUCCUUCAGCUCUGCCUUGGCACAGCCUCAGCGCCAGGAGCCUCCCCACUCACCCUCCCUCGGGCUGGGGAGAGCCCGACAUGUUAGUGGCAGAGGAGCUGCUGUUCUGCCACACCCUUCAACUCUUAACUUAAUAAAAUCUUCCCCUUUUGCUGAGAAAAA